UCGGCAAGAGAAGCCGGGAAUCUUGAGUAAAAGAUCUUGAGCUGCCGAACUUGUGGUCGUUGAUCAUGACAAGACGAUAGACCUUGAUCAAUAUGACAAAAUUUCUUCUUCUGAAAGUUUCCUAAUCACGUUUUUGAUCAUAUUUGUAAAAUUAAAAUAGGGUUCUGUACUGUAAAUUCACACCAUUCUGAUUUGCCACAGCCAUUUCCAAAAUAUAAGCCAAGCAAUCUUCACAAGGUAUAUUACCCGAAGUCUAAACUCCGACAGGAUUUCUUCAUAAAUAACCAAAACAAGCAAUGCCAACUGUGAUAGCUCUGGAUGUGUCUCUCUCCAUGAGUAGGCCUGUGGCCGGUACGGAAUGUCCUGAAGAAUACCAACGCCGAAAUCUGGCCAUUCAUGGGAUCAAUACCCUACUAGAUUUUAUGUCGUCAAACUGCAGACUAGAGUUAACUUCCUUGGUGGUCUUCUCAUACCUUUGGGAACAGCUUGUGAGUUUUACACGAGACUUUGAGUCAAUAAAGACAGCACUAAACAAAGUAGAAGAGUACAAUGUUACAAGUAUAGAAGCUGCACUGACUGGGGUCAGCUCUGUCAUCACAGACCAGUGGAGUGCCAUUACUCCUUGUCAGGCUGUUUUAAUAACAGAUGGAUCCACAGGUGCAGGUCAAAGGUCACUACAAACCAUGUUGCAAAACUGGAGCAAACAUGAAGGAAGCAAUGUUGAUGAAAAGUUUCCUCUUCCAUUUCCAUUUUCCUGUAAGCUUAAUGUGGUGAUCUUGGGUAAUCCCAAUGAGAGUGAAGUAAAAAGUGCUAUUCCUAUGUUUGAAAAACUUAUAGAAAUUAAUGGCCAAGGAGGGGAGGUGAUGGUGCCGGAAAAUUCCUUAGGCUUAAAAAGUGUGCAGACAUUGUUUGAACAAUUAGCUGAGCGAUGUUAUUCGCCGUAUCAUGGCACAUUACAGUGUGGUCAUUUCAAAUGUCCAGUUCAUCUGUACCCAGCACCAGACCCAUACAGGAAGAAUCAUGAUUUUGAGACGAUUGACACAGAAGUUGCUGAUAAAUUGGACAUUCUGGGGUUUUUAGAUAUUGCAGAUGUUGCCAGUCCUCAGACGCUAUCAAGACAUCUGGUGUUUCCAAAUUCUUCAAAAGAAAACAAAUCAGAUGAAGCCAGUAAAGAUGUUAAAACAGAAGAAGAUGAGGAAACAAGUGUUAGCCAUGACGAGGGAAAAGUACCAGCUUUUACUGUCUUAUUACACGGCAGUCUGAAAGUGGAGGGGAUGGUGGCUCUUACAAAAGUCGGCCCAGACUGGUAUGGUCUCCUGUACUCUUGGGCAGACAGCAAGAAAAAAAGCAACCUCAUGCUUUCUCUAUUAGAACCUGGUCAGGAACCUAUAAACUGGCUUGGUCCAAUGAGCAGUUUAGCCCCGAUAUCUGACUUCUCUGAUCCUCCAUAUGGAGAAGAUGACAACAAAACACCAUUUCCUGUACGCCCCCAGGAUAAACGUAGCUAUGCACAGAGCUGUGUGGUGUGGAUUAAACCAUCAGGGUUACAGAGUGACCUACAAAAGGUGUUGAGACAUGCCAGAAAACUUCCGGAAAAACAGCAGCAGUUUUAUAAGGAGCUAAACAGACUACGCAGAGCAGCCCUAGGCUUUGGUUUCCAUGAGUUACUGGAAGGUAUGGCAACAAUGUUAGAGAGGGAAUGCACCAUGUUACCUGGAACAGCUCACCCAGAUGCUGCUCUACAACUCACACAUGCAGCCAAUGCCCUACGUAGUGAGACUGCCACAGAUAUUGCACAGAUGGUCAUGCCUUUACGGACAAACUUUAGUCAAGAUGACUAAAAAACUUCUUUUUUUUUUCUAAAAAAAAUUCUUGUGAAUUUCAGUUACAAGCAAAUUCUGUCCCCCUUAAAUGGAAAAGAUAUAAUAUAGAUUUGAAUACUGGGUCAGUAAGUAUGUUCUACAAAAAUAUACUCAGGUUAAGUCUGAAAGAUGAAAAUAAAAAAGAUUGCAAUUACUUGAAGACAUGCUUAUAACCAGACUGUUAAAGCAUGGAAACUAACAUAAAUUUUGUAUGGGUAUAAUUUAUUUCUGAUACUGCUUCAAAGGAAUUCUGAGUAAAUUUAACCAGUACAAACUCUGAGUAUCACUCUCUUUUAGAUGUUCAUACUUACAAAAUCAUAUUUUGCCUCCUAUUUGGUAAACUGACUUAUACAUUUUGUAUUUUGAUAGAAUUACUUAAAUGGUUUUCGGUCAACAAAAUAAUUUUCUACUAGUGGGGUACAUGUGAAUCAAAAGGUAAUGAAAUAUUCCUUGAAAUGGAGAGGUAUUUAGAAAUAAAUACGAAAAUACUGAAUCAAC